AUGACAAGUCAAGACCUAACACAGCAACAACAGGGAUUCCUAAGAAGAUGCGAGGAAUGCUAUAACCUCAUACUUGCUUUUCAAAACGACGAUUUACCCACGGGGUUGGUACCGAAACGACACAAGGGAUACAAGUAUGAUUCCAAGCUACGCCAGCGCGUCAAGGAGAAAAUCGCCAGGUCGAUGAACCGAAUGGAGAAUGCAAUAAGUAUACAUGGGUAUGUUUAAAAAUGGUUUUUUUUUUAUCAAGCGGAUAUUGGAAUUAGAGUUACUAACGUUAUCACUAUUUUUAUUUCAUUGCAGACUUGAAGAGAUUGCGAUUUCGUACAAUGGCGGUAAGGACUGUUUGGUCAUGCUUAUACUUUUGUUAGCCACCAUAUACAAGAAGUGGAAAAGUGAAUGCACCAGUAAGAAUGUGCUAAUACCCCACGAUUACAAGCUAGAUUCCGUGUACGUCAACGCGGAGACGCCAUUUCCGGAAUUGACUGCAUUCAUAGAACAAUCUACACAAUACUACCAUCUCAACCCCGUCACGCUCAAGGACUCCAUGCAACAUGGGUUCCAGCAUUAUCUAGAUGAAGUCAACCCCAAGAUCAAGUCGGUGGUUGUGGGGAUAAGAUACACAGACCCGCACGGCCAGCAGUUGACUGAGGAACAGUGCACUGAUCAUGACUGGCCCAAGUUCUUGAGAAUACACCCUAUUUUAGACUGGCAUUACGUUGAAAUCUGGGAUUUCUUGGUGGGGACAAACGUGGAGUACUGCUCCUUGUAUGAUUUGGGGUAUACCAGCCUUGGGGGCAUGAAUAACACUGUGCCCAAUCCCAAAUUGCAAAUCCCUGCCGCUGAUGGCGCCGCUGGUGGUGUCGCGGGUGGUGCAAGCCAUUUGCCAGCGUAUAUGUUGCGUGACGAUGCCGAUGCUCUUGAACGAUUGGGCCGGACUAAGAAACUAGACAGUUUCGAACGCAAGUGA